GCUACCAGAGUUAGAAAUGUUUGCGCCUGCGCGAAGCGGGAGGGGCGUCUAGGGCGGAGCGGCCACCAUCUUGGAACGGGAGGCGGAGCAGAGCCGACUGGGAGCGACCGAGCGGGCCGCCGCCGCCGCCAUGAACCCCGAAUAUGACUACCUGUUUAAGCUGCUUUUGAUUGGUGACUCAGGCGUAGGCAAGUCAUGCCUGCUCCUGCGGUUUGCUGAUGACACAUACACAGAGAGCUACAUCAGCACCAUUGGGGUGGACUUCAAGAUCAGAACCAUCGAGUUGGAUGGCAAAACUAUCAAACUUCAGAUUUGGGACACGGCUGGUCAAGAACGGUUCCGGACCAUCACUUCCAGCUACUACCGGGGGGCUCAUGGUAUCAUCGUGGUGUAUGAUGUCACUGACCAGGAAUCCUAUGCUAACGUGAAGCAGUGGCUACAAGAGAUAGACCGCUACGCCAGUGAGAAUGUCAAUAAGCUCUUGGUGGGCAACAAGAGUGACCUCACCACCAAGAAAGUUGUGGACAACACCACAGCUAAGGAGUUUGCAGACUCGCUGGGUGUCCCCUUCCUGGAGACGAGUGCCAAGAACGCCACCAAUGUUGAACAGGCAUUCAUGACGAUGGCUGCGGAAAUCAAAAAGCGGAUGGGGCCAGGGGCAGCUUCCGGGGGUGAACGGCCCAACCUGAAGAUUGAUAGCACCCCUGUGAAGCCGGCUAGUGGUGGCUGUUGCUAGGAGGGGUACUUGGGGUGGGACAGGAAAGGAUGCCUUCUCCAGAUGAUGCCCCUGGAGGGGGCAGGAGGUGCCUCCCUCUCCUGGGGCAUUUGAGUCUGUGGCUUUGGGGUGUCCUGGGCUCCCCAUCUCCCUCUGGCCCAUCUGCCUUCUGCCCUGAGCCCCAGUCCUGUCAGGGCCCCCAAGGGAGGACAUGUAGAACCUGUGGCCAGGGUGCUUGCAGGGGCUGCUCUGCUGCUGCCUCUAGGUACCUUGAAAAGAUGCCCAUCACUCACCUUUCUUUGGAAUGAGGGCUCUGCUGUCUCCCACCCCCAUGUAUGCUGCACUGGGUUUCUCUCUUCCUAACUUCCCUCCCAAGAGCUGAGGGCCUCCCUGCCUCUACUGCCCCUGGCUGCAGUGACCAGGGGAUCCCAGGACCUGGGAUCCAGGGUCCUGGGUUGGACCUCAGGACAGGUGCAGGGCCAUGGGGGCCCAGCAGCCCACCUUUUCCUUUCUCUUCCCCUCCACUGCUCCUGCACUCAGUUUGAGCCGUCCAGCUAAGGUGGGGUCUGAGCACAGCCAGGGUAGGUGGGUGGAUGGCUGAGCCAGGCCUGUGUCUCAAGUCCAGAGGGAGCCUGCUCCUGCCUCCCCCUGCCCUGCCAGAGCCAGCCCAUAUGCUGCCUGCCCACCGUGCCCCUUUGUUCCUGAGGAAGGCGGAGGCGGAAGGCCCACCGUGCCAAAGGCCGGGCACCAGCCUUAACCCUCACUCUGCCAGCACCACUUCUCUUUCCCUGAGGCAGCAGCACAUCUGGCUUGAUCUCCUGUCAUCCCUUGGAGCCCAAGGGGCCAGAAUCUCAUCCCUUCUGCUACUUCUCUGGGGAAUAUGGGUGCAACCUAGGGUUGGGGAACACUCUUCUCCCCCCUUCCCGCUUAGAAUCCUGGUCUCCAGCCUCUGGCACAGCUUCCUGCAGAAAACCUUUGGUCUUUACCUGAGAAGCCAUGACCCUUCUGCUGUCUCUUGCCUGCCCCUCCCCACACCUCCCCUCCCUUCUCCUCCUCUCCAGCGUCUAUUUAAAUCCUUGGGCUGCCCCUCUGGGAGGGGGCCUCUUCUCCCAGGUUCCCCUCUGGUGUCAUGUCGGGCAUUUUGCAAGGAAAAGCCACUUGGGGAAAGGUGGAAAAGGAAGAAAAAUAAAUCUCCACUGGCCCUCGGAUACGCCGAGGGUUUUUGCAAGGAA